AUGGAACCCCUAUGGACAGUACGAGCUAGCCAGCUCCACCAAGGCCAAGGAAGCCACACACACUUUGAGAUGAAGAAGAGGAGGAAGAGGAGCCGCAAGCUCGAUCGAGCUAAGUUUGGGGGUGCCAACUCGAGCUCGAUCGAGUUGGGUGUAAAAACCAGAAAAGUGGUCUUUUGGAGCAUUCUGGAGCAUAUGGGACAUGAGGAGCAUGGAGGGACUUGGCACAUGGAAGCAGCUCAACUGGAUACGCAAAGGAAGAAGGGAGAAGCCAUCUUGAAGACCAGCUCGACCGUCCACUCGACCAACCGGUCGAGUUCCUCAACUCGACCGGCCAAGCUUCAACUCGAUCGAGCUGAGAAGUCAAAGUCAAACCCGAAAAAUGUUGCUUCCCCCUUGACUUUCCUUUGA